GUGUUUUUACUCUCAAACUACACAUUAACUCAAAAUAUGUUAACGAUGCCGAAUAACAAGCCUUACAUUAGUUUUGGAGUUCAAUUUAAGUUUUUAGAGCUUCAAUGACAAUAUCAUAUCUAAGAAGCAUGGUCGUGCUGUACGUUUUAGCAGCACUGGUAGCUGCAAUAUUAUACUACUAUAUUACACAUGCAACAGACAGUAAAUCGAGGAUACUUUCUAGGAUCCCUGGCCCAAAGGGAAUUCCAAUUCUUGGAAAUGCAUUGCAAAUAGAUAUGGUAAAAAUACACGACCAGUUUUUGGGUUGGAGUAAAACAUAUGGAGAAAUAUUCUUGUUAAAUCUUGCAGGAGAAUCUGUCGUGGUCCUCAAUAGCCACGAAGCCAUAAACGAGGCCCUUAUUAGGAAAUCCACUGACUUUGCAGGUCGACCAGGUGAAUCAUUUAGAAUACAAUAUCUUUUCUCCCAAAAGGACAUCAUAUUUAGAGAUUUUACAGAUGACUUCAAACGUUUGAAAAAAAUAGUUUACAAAGGCCUUCGAUACUAUGGCGACGAGAAGGAACAGAUAAUCCGAAUUGCUACAGAGGAGAUUGAUGAAUGCAUGCGCAAGUUUUCGGAAACAGAUGGUAUGGCUUUUGAUCCUGACCCUGCAAUCUAUGUGUGUAUAAUCAACAUACUUGUUGGUUUGAUCGAGGGGAAACGAUUGGAUGAGACGAACAAGCGAUUUGCAGAUUUAGUCGAGAUGCAAGAUGCAUUUACAGCGUCCUUCUCGGCUGGUAAAGGAGCGGAGAUAGAUAUGUUUCCAUUUUUACGUUUUUUCGGAAACGAAACCUUCAAAAGCAUGCAAAAAGGAAUGAAAUAUCGGAAUGACAUCAUGGAGGAAAUCAUUGAAGAUUCCAAGAAAGACUAUGAUCCAGACAACAAACGACAUCUUCUUGAUCACUUCAUAUCCGAGAUGACAUUUCCAGAGGGAUCCUUUGACAAAAAAGCAGUAAUUUACAUCUUGGGCAAUCUGUAUGGUGCUGGACUUGUCACCUCGCACGUAUCUUUUGCGACGUUUCUCCUUACGUUAAUAACGUACCCAGAUGUCCAAAAGAAACUUCAGAACGAGGUUGAUACAGUCAUUGGUCAAAGAGAGGUCAAAAUGGAAUACAGAGAAGAGAUGCCCUAUUUGAACGCAACACUUCUUGAAUUGUUGAGGUAUAUUUCUCAUGUCCCACUCGCUGUUCCACACAAAACUACCGUCGAUACUUCUGUCGUGGGCUACGAUAUCCCAAAGAACACGCAGGUUUUCAUGAACCUUUAUGCAAUGCACCAUGAUGACUCUGUAUUCAGAGACCCAUGGGAAUUCAAGCCAGAACGAUGGUUAGACGAUGAUGGUCAGUUGGUGUCUAUAGAAGAAAGAAACAAGGUGGUGCCUUUUGGUGGUGGAAGGAGGGCCUGUCCGGGAGAGCUUUUGGCAACGACCCGUAUGUUUCUUUUCAGCGCUAACAUCCUCAAACGAUUCAAUAUACUUCCUGUUGAGGGGGAGCCUGCAUGCCCUGACCCACGAGGGUUCAAACUUGGUAUUGUGUUGGAACCAAAUAAGUUUAAAAUUCGUGCAGUCAAAAGACUUUGAAUAUUUACAAAUAUACCGAAGGAUUUGCCUGGAGUGAGAAACUUGGAAACAGAUAGCAAACAGAUAGCAAUAAACUGCAGAAAGUAGAAUCCAAGUUACAUACGUUCAUCUUCGUUCACUCGGCUCCCGUCGGUCGCAGUGAAGACCGAGGGUGCGAAGAUGGGUUACAUAUAUAUUAACUCAAAGAUGGACGCUACAUCACACUUGAUAACCAGUGUUACACCAUUUCAUUAUUGUUAAAAUGGCUCCAAAAUUCAAUGUUAAAAAAACAAAAGCAUUAGAUCAACGAAAAAAAUUCAAAGCAAACGUUGAGAACAAGUAAAAAACGUGUGCCAAAUAAGAAACAUAAUAUGUUGAACUCUAUAUUCAAAAGUGUUAAGUAAUAAGUACAUGACAUCGAACCAACAUUUGUACACAUUUUGUAAAUUUUCAUUUUUGAACUUUUAAUUUUCUAUUC